GUGACGUCAGCUCCCAGUCAGGCGCUAUGUGCGGACUAAGUGCCGUAAAGUGACGCACUUCCGGUAAUGUGAGUCUUCUACUUCGUCUGCUGUGAGAGUGCGGGUAGAACGCACCGGGGACAGCGGAGAACGACAUGGCGGCCGCCGGGGGCAAGUCCGUGCUGUUUGUGUGCCUUGGAAACAUAUGCCGCUCUCCGAUAGCGGAAGCCGUAUUUAGAAAGCUGGUACAGGAUGAGGGAGUAUCGCACCAGUGGUCCAUAGACAGCGCUGCUACCUCUCACUGGAACGUGGGUUGCUCCCCAGAUUCAAGGGCCGUAAAGUGCCUUAAAAGCCAUGAUACCGAAACAUCGCAUAAAGCAAGACAGAUCACAAAAGAGGAUUUUCUCUCCUAUGACUAUAUUCUCUGCAUGGAUGAAAGUAACCUCAGAGACUUGAAACGUAAAUGUAACCAAGUGCAAAACUUCAAAGCUAAAAUCGAACUGCUUGGAAGCUACGACCCACAAAAGCGACUCAUCAUUGAAGAUCCUUACUAUGGCAGUGAUGAAGAUUUUGAGACCGUCUACGAGCAAUGUCUUAGAUGCUGUAAAUCCUUUUUGGAAAAGUGCUCCUAGUAUUUGACAUUAGUAAUGUUGGAGCUGUGUGCCCCGGCCGUAUCUGUUGCAUUAUGACAGUGCAUUAAUCUUUUAGUCUUGUAUUUAACAAUGGAACAAAAUAUAAUCUAUAAUUUAUACCAUGACGUUAAAGCAUUUCAUGUCUGGAUUUUCCAGAAGGCACAAGAUUUGUUUCAAUCAGGUCCUGGUUUCAUUCUGAAAUGGCAAAUAAAAACCCUUUUACUUUA